GAUUUAUCACAUAUAUGAUAUAAUUUAUCUAUGGAUGUAAUUGAAGUCCCUUCCGUCUCUUUUAGAUGUCACUGGCGCUGCCAUCGUUUGUAGGCGAAAAUGGGAGCCUAUAAAUAUAUUCAGGAACUUUACAAGAAGAAACAAAGUGACGUUCUCCGAUUUUUAUUAAGGAUUCGUGUUUGGCAAUAUCGUCAGCUAACAAAACUUCAUCGGGCCCCAAGGCCUUCACGACCUGACAAGGCUCGUAGGUUAGGCUAUCGUGCUAAACAAGGGUUUGUAAUCUAUCGUAUUCGUGUACGACGUGGAGGUCGUAAACGUCCAGUACCCAAAGGCUGUACUUAUGGAAAGCCUAAAGGACAUGGUGUCAACCAAUUGAAACCUACUCGUAACUUACAAUCAAUUGCAGAGGAACGUGUUGGUAGAAGAUGUGGGGCACUAAGGGUCCUAAACUCAUAUUGGGUAGGACAAGACUCAUCCUAUAAAUAUUAUGAAGUUAUUUUAGUUGACACUGCACAUAACGCAAUCCGCAGGGAUCCCAAGAUAAAUUGGAUUGUAAAGGCUGUUCAUAAACAUCGUGAAUUGAGGGGACUCACUUCGGCUGGCCGAUCAUCAAGAGGUUUAGGUAAAGGGCAUAGAUAUUCACAAACAACAGGGGGCUCCAGAAGGGCAGCCUGGCGCAGAAAGAAUUCGCUACAAUUGCGCAGAAAACGAUAAUAUGCCUGUUCUUGUACAUUUUAAUUUAAAUGUACACAUUUUUACAUUAAUAAACUUAAUUACCAAUGUU